AUGUCGCCGAGCAGGUAUCCUUUCAUCGUACAGAUUUCGCAAACAUUGUCAGACUUCGCGAAACCCAUCAUUCACCCCCGCUUCCCCCCAUUCUCCGACAUGAUGAAAUCCGACCUCCGCCUGCCUCAUUCUGCCUGUCAGAUUCAAGAAUCCGUUUCCGCGUGCGCAAACGCUACGGGGAAAAAGAGGCAAAGCCAGCCAACCUUGGGAUGGGAAUAUCCUUUUGCGCGCGGCAGUCUCCCAAUGCUUGCUCUGCUGCGCCAUAAAGCUCGUCGCCUCUGCUUCACUCAUUCUCAGAUCAAGACUUCAGCUCUCGCUGCUCUCCCUCUCCUCACAUCACCUCGGCUCUCCAGUCGCGUAGGAGCGAGCGAGCGAUACGUUUCUCCGUCUCCCGCGCUCACUCCUCCGCUUCCUCCGCGAGAUCUAAUCGCCAGAACCAUGGUGAACGAGGACAAAUGGGAGCUGAAGCCGCAUCCCGUGAUUCCCCGCGGGAAGCCGCUCGUGCUUAUGAUCCUCGACGGAUGGGGAGAGAAUAUCGAGGACGACUAUAACGCUAUCUACAAGGGCAACUGCCCGCACAUCAAGGCGCUGCGCGAGAACCGCCCCAACCGCUGGCGCACGAUCAAGGCGCACGGCAAGGCCGUGGGGCUGCCGAGCGACGGCGACAUGGGGAACUCGGAAGUCGGGCACAACGCCAUGGGCGCGGGGAAGGUCAUUAACCAGGGAGCCGCGCUGGUGGACGCCGCGCUCGAGACGGGCGACAUGUUCAAGAGCGAGGGCUUUAACUACGUCAAGGAGGCGUGGGACAACGGCGGCACGCUCCACAUGAUUGGCCUGCUCAGCGACGGCGGCGUGCACUCGCGCUACGACCAGGUGAUCGGCACCAUCCACGGCGCGUGGGAGCGCGGCGCGAAGCGCGUGCGCGUGCACGUGCUGACGGACGGUCGCGAUGUGCCGGACGGGUCGUCGCUGCAGUUCGUGGCGCAGCUGGAGAAGGACCUCGAGCUGCUGCGCGCUCAGGGCUGCGACGCCAAGAUCGCAUCUGGCGGCGGGCGCAUGCGCGUCACCAUGGAUCGCUACGAGGCGGACUGGAAGAUCGUGGAGCGCGGGUGGCACGCGCACGUGCUGGGCGACGCGCCGUUCAAGUUUAAGUCGGCUCUCGAGGCGCUCAAGAAGAUCAAGGAGGACGACCCGAGCGUGAACGACCAGUACUACCCGCCGUGGGUGAUCGUGGACGACGAGGGGAAGCCCGUGGGACCGGUUCUGGACGGCGACGCGGUCGUCAUCUGGAACUUCCGCGCUGAUCGCGUGAUUCAGAUCUCCAAGGCCUUUGAGUACCCGGACUUCCAUCAGUUCGACCGCAUCCGCGUGCCCAAGGUGCACUUCGCGGGCAUGAUGCAGUACGACGGCGACCUCAAGCUGCCCGCGAAAUUCCUCGUCGCGCCGCCCGUCAUCGAAAACACCUCCGGGCAGUACCUCGUUAAGAACGGCGUGCGCACCUACGCAUGCAGUGAGACGCAGAAGUUUGGGCACGUGACGUUCUUUUGGAACGGCAACCGGUCGGGCAAGCUGGACGACGAACUCGAAACCUACUAUGAGGUGCCCAGCGACAAGUGCCCCUUCAACGAGAAGCCCAAGAUGAAGGCCAGGGAGAUCGCCGCCGCGUGCAAGGAGGCGAUUCUGUCGGGGAAGUAUGACUACAUUCGGCUGAACCUGGCGAAUGGCGACAUGGUGGGGCACACGGGCGUGUUUGACGCUGUGCUGGAGGCCUGCGAGGCUGUUGACAGCAGUGUCAAGGAGCUGCUGGAGGCGGUGGAGCAGGUGGGUGGCAUCUAUUGUCUGACAGCGGACCAUGGGAACUGCGAUGACAUGGUGCAGCGCAACAGCAAGACCCACCAGCCCAUCCUUGGCCCGGAUGGCAAGCCAGAGCCCCUCACCUCACAUACGCUCGCCCCGGUUCCUAUUGCCAUCGGUGGUCCAGGGCUGCCAGCUAACAUCAGAUCUCCCAUUCUCGUCUGCCUGACGGCAAUAGUCGCACUCACUUUGCUUUCCGUCUCUAGCGCCAGCCAGACAGCGGGUAGCAGCGAUACCGUCAGUAGCGGCCAGUCAACUUCUAGAGGCGAGAUGCCGCCGCACGGAGCGCCGUUGAGUGGUAGCGUCGAGAGCAGGAGUCCUGACAGCAGCAAUGGCAGCGGUAUUUUGAUUCCUAGGUGCGACAAGCGGCAGUACGAGGCGCUGGAACUACCGAACGGGCUCACCGUGCUGCUUAUAUCGGAUCCUGAAACCGACAAGGCUGCGGCGGCCAUGGAUGUGGGAGUGGGGUCGCUCAGCGAUCCGGACGACGCGCCAGGCCUCGCUCACUUCCUAGAGCACAUGCUCUUCUAUGCUAGCGAAAAGUACCCUAUCGAGGACAGCUACAGUGACUUUCUCAACAAGCACAGCGGCCGCUCCAACGCGUAUACGGCAGCAGAAAACACCAACUACCAGUUCGACGUCGCGGCUGAGUUCCUGGAUGAAGCGCUUGACAGGUUCGCACAGUUCUUCAUCUGCCCGCUCAUGUCAGCAGAUGCCACCAACCGCGAAAUCAAUGCGGUUCACUCAGAGCACACCAAGAACCUGAUUUCCGACCCCUGGCGGAUCAACCAGCUUCAAAAGAGCUUCUGUUCGCCCCAGCACCCCUUCUACAAAUUCAACGUUGGAUCCCUAGAGACGCUCAAGGAGGUGCCAGAGGCGAGUGGGAGGGACAUUCGGCAGGAGCUGAUCGCCUUCUAUGACAAGUACUACUCCGCUAACCUCAUGCACCUCGUGGUCUAUGGCAAAGAUUCUCUCUCCUCGCUGCGGGCCAUGGUGGAGAGUCGCUUCACCCUCAUCCCCAACAAGGCGCUGCAGCAGCCUCGCAUCCCUGCCGACCCCUGCGGCCCAGAAUACACCAAGAAGCUAGUGCGGGCAGUGCCAGUGGCGGAGGGGCACAAGCUGGAGCUUAUUUGGCCCACACCGGCCGACCAGCACCUGCACCUUGCCACACCCACGCGCUACCUGGGGCACCUCAUCGGCCAUGAGGGGCAUGGGUCGCUCUUUGCACUGCUCAAGAAGAAAGGCUGGGCCACGGCGCUGGGAGCAGGGCGCAGCCACAGCAGCAAGCACUACGCCUUCUUUGCUGUCAACAUUGAUCUGACCGACCUGGGCCAUGAGCACGCAAUGGAGGUGGCGGAGCUGGUGUUUCGCUACAUCGGGCUCAUCCAGAGCGGCCAGGGCAUUCAGAAGUGGAUCUUUGAUGAGCUGGCAGCAGUGUGUUCCACCAAGUUCCACUUCCAGGACAAGCAGCAGCCCUUCUUCUACACCUCUGCCAUUGCUGCUGGCAUGCAGCUAUACCCGAGGGAGGACUGGCUAGCAGGGGCCUCUCUGCCUAGGGACUUCGACCCCAAUGCCCUAGCUGACCUGGCCAAAGCGCUCACUCCCGACAACGUGCAGGUCUUUUGGCUGUCGAAAAAGUUUGAGGCGGAGGCAACAGAGGAGGAGCGCUGGUACAAGACAAAGCACUCCGCCCAGACCAUUCCAGACGACUUGCUGCAGCGUUGGAGGGAUGCAAUCACAGCUGCUCCUGAUGCUGCUCUUGCACCACCUGCCUCCACGCCUCCUGUGCCCGCUGCCGUGGCUGCUCCUGCUGCUGCUGCUGCUGCUGCUUCUUCACCCAGUGACAGUGCAACAGCUGCGGCAGGGGAUGGUGGGAGCAGCAGCGAGCUGCAUCUGCCAGCACCCAACGAGUUUGUGCCCACUGACCUGGAUGUUCUCACACCGCCCACUGGCAAGGUGUCCUCCCCGACAGUCAUCCACAGCACACCCAUGCUGCGCCUAUGGCACAAGCCAGACACGCUGUUUGGCCUGCCCAAGGCCGUGCUAUUCAUGCAACUCGCCUCACCUGAAGCCUACACCUCCCCCCGCUCUGCCCUCCUCACCCGCCUCUUCGCUUCGCUGCUGCAAGAUGCCCUCAACGCGUAUGCGUACGAUGCUGAGAUCGCUGGGCUCAACUAUUCUAUCGUGCCGAGCGUGCAUGGCAUUCAAAUUUCAGCGUGGGGGUACAGCCACAAGCUGCUAGUGCUCGUGUCUAAGAUCAUCGACCGUCUCGUCACCUACACUGUUGAUGCCGACCGCUUCCACGUCAUCAAGGAGAAGGAGCAGCGGGAAUUCAAAAACUUCCGCUACGACCAGCCAUACGCGCAGGCCCUCUACUCCACGUCACUGCUGCUGGCGCACCGCCGCUGGCACUUCUCUGAUUACCUUGCCGCGCUGCCCGCGCUGCAGCCAGAGCACCUCUCUGCGUUCCUCCCCACACUACUCUCCCACGUCUCCCUCGAGCUCUUCGCCUCAGGCAACAUCGCCCCCACAGCAGCAAUAGCAUUCGCCCAGGAGACCGAGUCUCGCCUCCGGUCCAGCCCGAUCGCAGCAGCACAGCCCCCCGUGCCCGCACAGCGGCCUGAGCUGCGCAUGGUGCGGCUGGGGGAUGGCAGUGCUGCCGUGCUGGCUGGGGAUAACUUGAACCCAGAUGACGAGAACUCUGCUCUUGUGUUUUAUCUCCAGGUGUGCCAGGACGGGGAGACCGUUGUCCUGCCAGCAGCUCCGGCAGCCGGCAAGGGAGAAGCCGGCACGGGGGAAGCGAUGCAGGCGGUGGCACCAGAGGCGGAGGGAGAGAGCGCAAACGGCGGGCUGACCGCAGAGAAGCUGAGUGGGGAUGCAGGGGGGGUGAGCGUGCGAGCGCAUGUGGUGGCGCAGCUGCUGGUACAGGUGCUGGAGAGGGAUGUGUUUUACGAGCUGCGCACUGUGCAGCAACUGGGCUACAUUGUGUUCCUCAUGUCUCGGAACGAGAAUGCAGUUCACGGCAUCACCUUCAUCAUCCAAUCAAACGUCAAGUCAGCGAGCGACCUGGACGGGCGGGUGGAGGCGUUUCUGCAGGCAGCAGAGAGCAAGCUGGCCGGUAUCAGCGAGGAGGAGUUCCAGACCCAUGUGGCGGCGCUGGUGGCAAAGAAGCAGGAGAGGAAGAAGAAUCUGGUGGAGGAGGCGAAUGUGAUGUGGAAGGAGAUCGACGACGCCAUGCUGGCGUUUGACCGCGUCGACCAGGAGGUGGCGGAGCUCCGUUUGCUGCGCCCAUCCCACGUGGCACAUUUCUUUGCCACCGUGGUGAAGCAAGGCGCGCCCAAUAGGAGGCUUCUGAGUGUGCAGGUGCAGAGGCAUGAGAAGGGAGCUGCACCGGAGGAAGCAGCAACAACCUGUGCAGUGGAAAGCUCCCCUGAACCUGCUGUCAAUGGCUCAGCCAAGGCUGCUCCUGUCUGUGCUGUAAACCCAGUAGUUGAAGCAAGUGAGUCUGGUAGCACAAAGGAUGAGGUGGCGUCUGCACCAAGCAAGGAGGGGAGGGAGGUUAUUGAAAACAUAUACGAUUUCAAGCGCUCCCAAGCCCUAUACCCUUCGCUCAAGGGAAGGGCUAUUCCGCCUUCUAUUGGAGAGGAGAGCGAAGGCAUGGAGCCGUUUUUCAGCAGCUGUCGCGAGAUCCUAAUAGCCGUCGAUAACAGCGAAGGGUCGGAGCUCGCGUUCAACUGGGCGCUCCGGAAUUACUGCAAGCGACACGACCACGUGCGGCUAAUACACGUCGUCAGAAACUACAGCGACGCCAUCGGCACGCUCCCCAAGGAGGCGAUCGCGUGUUUAGAGCAGCAGGCGAUGACGUCAGCGCGCGCCAUCGUGGAAAAGUACAUGCGCCGAUGCGCCCACGCCGAUGUGGACUGCGAUUGGCGGAUAGCGUGUGGCGACGAGAGGGACGUGAUCUGCCGCGAGGUGAUGCGCGUGUGCGCUGACGUGCUCAUUGUUGGAACCAGGAGCCUGCCGGCCGCUAAAAAAGCUCUACUCGGCUCAGUCAGUGAAUACUGCGCACACCACAGUGCAUGCCCGGUCAUCAUUGUGAGGCCCAAGGAGGUCAAGUCGGAAGCCAUGGCUGGACAAUGA